CGCGAUCCCGGCCUCGUGACUUCAUUAGCUCCAACGUCACACAACGCUUUUCGGUCUUUUUUUUUUUCUAACUCUGAGCGCACGCAUCACCUAAACACAUUACAUCCACAUUCCAGCAGACAUAUCAGUGUCAGUCCAACGAGUCUCUCGCUAGCUGGCUCAAGUUUUCUCUUCUCUCACUUCUCCGGCCUCCCUUGCACCAUGUCCAACGUGUCUACUCGAAGGAUCGCAAAGAGUGAAAAGGCAACAUGGCGACCUCAUGUCUCGGGUGUCAUGUCUCGACUUGCUCUGCGUAGAUCAUGUGCCUGAAGUGAACGUCCGCUGAUAGUUUUUGUUUUCAUUUCAGGAGCUCAAUGAGCUCAUGAACGAGCCUCUAGAGAACAUCGAGAUCCAACCUGAUGAAGACAAUGUUCAGCUUUGGCGAGUCAUCUUCCAUGGGCCGAAGCACACACCCUAUGCCGGAGGUAAAUUCGUACUGGCUGUCGAGUUCACGUUGGAGUACCCGUUCAAACCUCCAAUGGCCAAAUUCAGGACGAAAAUGUAUCACCCGAAUGUAGACAGCGAAGGAAGUCUCUGUCUCGGUAUCCUCAAGUCUGAUCAGUGGAAACCAUCCACCAAAAUGUCUCAUGUGCUUGUCUCCAUCUACGAUCUCUUGGUUACGCCGAAUCCUGAUGACCCACUUGUCACUUCCAUAGCAGAUCAGUAUCGAACCGACCGAAAAGGAUUCGAGAAGAAGGCAGCGGAGUACACUUCAAAGUUUGCUACUUAAACCGUAUUUGUCACUCAGCACCGCCAAUUGGGUCGACACCCAAAAUACACCGAUGGACUUGACCUACAAGGACCAUGGAGAACACUCUCUUCAAUACAUUGACCGCUACAGGACCGACUCUGAACGAUGGACCAUCAUGUAAACCCCGCCCCUUUCGAUUUUUCCUCCCUUUCAACUGACUACCUUCAUGUAUGGCUAUUGACU